AUGAAAUUAUUUAAUGCCAUCGUGGCUCUUGCAUUAGCCUCAAAAUUCACAACUGCUGCUUACUUAGCAUAUUCUCCAAUAGAGGUUGUGGCUCCAGUGAAAAGACACAUUGUCAGUCCUUACAAUAUAACAAACUCAACUGUCUUUGGCACUAAGGGGUCAUCUGGUAGUUUUAGUUCCUCCACAAGCUCUUCCGCGGGUUCUUCUGUUACAGUAUCAUCAGCUUCAUCUUCGAAGUCAGAUUCCUGCUUUCCUAGCAAUGAGAAUGAAAAACUUGAAGCUUUCACCUUUGUCAAAAAAUUCUGGACAUCCUUCAUUAACCCUACUGAUGAUGCAGAAGCCUUGAAAAUCAACUCUACUUACUUUACUGAAGAUUGUAAAGGGAGAGUGAGUUUGACUCGUGAUUUCGAAGGUGAUGAAUUGAACACCGAAUACAUCUUUGGUUUGUUUAGUAACGUUUUUGAAGUGAAAUUCAGAAUGGUCGGGAUCCCUCUCAAUUACACAAUGUUAAACUUUUUGUAUGACGACAUGAAGGCCAUUAGUUCGGUUAAUGUUGAGUUCUACAUUCCUCAGGCUGAUUUUUAUAUUCCAAUACAGAUUGACUUGUGGUUCGUCCUUGUCAAGACCAACGGGUACUUACAAAUCGCGGAGUACGAUGGGAUUUUCAGAAACUUCGACAGAGCUUAUGAAGAAACUAACGCUUAUGUCCAAGAAUUGAUUGGUGAAGAAUAUGGCUCCCUAUAUCCAAAUAAAACAUCUCUUGAAAUUUACACUGGCUUGGCCAUCGAAUCGAUUUGUGAAGUUCAUCAAGAGUACUGUCUUGGGGAAAACCAACAAUAUUCUAGCUAUGAGACAUGUGUGGCCUUCUUGUCUACUGUGAGACUCGGUCAAGGUUUCGAAGGUGGUAGAGACACCAUUUUCUGUCGUAACUUGCAUCAAGUCAUGUUGCCUUUCAGACCAGCUGUUCACUGUCCACACAUUGGUCCAACUGGUGGAGAUAUGUGUACUGACACUGAUACCAGCUACAACGAGAUCGUCGAUACCUACAGCACUUACUUUGAUCCAUUGUUCAUUAGUAUUUAA